AUGCGCCUGUGCGGCUCCCGGGCCUCCCCUGCACUCGGCUUCCCCUCAGCCUUGGGCGACCCUCGCAAGAUGCCACUGACCCACGGCACCCCUUUGUGGCACCUGGACGGGGCAGGCCGAGACUUACUGAGAAGUCAGAAAACUGAGGCCCCCAGGAGCAGCCAUCUGGCCAAGGUCACACAGGACCUGAACUGCCCCUUCCUGGAGGGGCUUUAUAUCUCGGAACCCAAGACCAUUAGGGAACUGCUGUGCAGCCCCUCCAAGUACCGCCUGGAGAUCCUGGAGUGGAUGUGCGCGAGGGUCUGUCCCUCCUGGCAGGACCAGCUCGGCUUACAGAAGGGGGCCCUAGCUGAGGCCAAAAUCCACGAGAUGGUGAAACUCGGCCAUGAGCUGCUGCUGUGCGGGUCCGGUGACCAGGAGCUGCUGAGGGGCCGUGCCUGCGCCCAGAAGCAGCUGCGUUUCAUGGACCAGUUGCUGGAUGCAGUCCACAGUCUGCGCACCGGGUGCCCCAGAGGCACCAGCACCAGGGAGCACUUCGAGGAGACCCGGGAGAAGAACGAGGCAUGGCUGGGGGAGCUCUUCGCCUGCCCCCGCCUGCAGUCACUGCUGAGCCCCCGGUGUGACCCGUGGCCUCUGGAUGUGCAGCCCCUCCUCGACCAGCAGAGCGAUGAGUGGUGGAGGGCUCGCCCCUCUGUUGGGAGGGAGGAGGAGGAGGUGCUGGAGCUGACCAGGCAGCUGCAGGAGAUCGCCACCAGGCUGCAGGCGCUCAGGGCGGAGGGCUUCAGGCCGCAUCAGCCAGGUGCCGCCGGGAGCGGGGCUGACAGCAGCACCCUGGACCAGCAGCUGCGCCUGGUCACCUCAGACUUCCACCAGCUGGUGGCGGCUUUCCUGCAAGUGUGUGAGGACGAGCUGAGUGACUGCUGCCAGCGCCCGGGUGCCCACCUGCACCCGUGCGGCCCCACCGUGCAGGCCGUCCACCGGGCUCUGAGCUCGUGCAGCCAGCUGUUGAGAGUGGCCGUGGCGGUCACGGCCACGUCAGCGGAAGCCGUGGAGAUGGCCAGACGGCAGCAUGGCGAGCCAGUCUGCUGGGGUGGCGGCAGCUCCGUGACGAGUCUCGCCGCCAAGAUGGAGGAGCUGGCCCAGAAGUAUCAGGUCUUCCCCGGAGGGCUGCACAAAGGAGCCGGCUAGUCUGGAGGAGCAGCAGCAGCGAGCCGGGGCCCUGGCGGCUCCCACACAGCUCCUGGGCGGGGUGGGGACUGGUGGGCCAAGAAAC